AAAACUAAAGAUUCCAGAAUUUGGAGAAGGGAUGGAAAAGCUGUCUAACCUUCACAUAUCCUGUACUGCUACUGAGGAACUACCGGGUACAGCAAUUUUUAAACUGAAGUCUCUUUCAGGGCUCUAUAUGUCAGGAUGCCCAAAACUGAAGAAAUUAGUAGAAAAUACGGGGGAGACAGAGUGUUUGAAACCGGCUAUGAGAAGUAAGCUUGGCUCCUUAUUCAGAAGAAAGAGUCUAGAGCCUUCGUUGCCAUCUCCAAGGGCUUUACGGUCUUUGUUGUCGUUAGAUCUAACUAAUUGUCAUCUUAGUCAAGGAGUAAUCCCCGAUGAUAUUGGCUACUGCUUUCCAUCUCUAAUUGAGUUGCGUCUUGGUGGAAAUGAUUUUAUUACUCUUCCCGCAAGCAUUAAAUGCCUUUCUAAGCUUGAAUUCAUUCAUUUGACGGGGUGCAAAAGGCUUCAACAAUUACCGGAUCUCCCAUCGAUUAGUCGUUUAAGAGUUUAUGCAAAUGAUUGUGAUUCCUUAAAAAAGUUGUCAGAACCAUCACAGCAGGGCACAUCCUCCAAUUUAGAGGUCUUUCGUUUAACAACUGUGAACUGUUUUGGAUUGAUUGACAAUGAAGGCUUCACUAAUGGAAUAUUUUCGAUGCUAAGAAGAUUGGCUGCUCAGGGAAUCUCUCCGGACGUUCUCUCAUACAGCUGGCAUAAUUUUCAUCCGUUUGAUAUUGGAAUCUGUCCGGUCUUUCUCUCAUACAGCUGGCGUAAUUUUCAUCCAUUUGAUAUUGUAAGUCCUGGAAGUAGAAUCUCAGAGUGGUUUGAUGUUCAAAGCGAGGGAGGCUCAUUGACUAUGGAGCUGCCUCCGGAUCGGAAAAAUUGUAAAUCAGAGUGGAUGGGCAUUGUGCUUUGUGCUGUUUUUGCCGAUCUGAAAGAACCUCAAACUCUUGAGUUCGUAAUUGAAGGUCUAUUGCUUGGGGUUGAUUUUAAACACAAUUUGAAUCUAAGAAAUUCGAGGCAUAUGAAGGGAGAUCAUCUUUGGGUGUCUUUUAUGCCUCGUAGUGUAAUCCAGGAUACCGUAAGCUGCUCUUUUACGUUCUCAUUCGACGCGUAUUGUUGUCAUUCUUGGAGUCGUUCUCUUAUUCCAUGCCCGAAUUGUGUGAAGAGGUGUGGAGCUCGAUUGUUGUACGAGGAAGAUUUGAAAAACUUACUCAAUCCACCCACCAACAUCAUGAAACGGAGUCUUGAAUUAUGCGACUCAGAGGGAGGCAGAAGUAAGAGGAGAAGUUCCGAGUAAAAUUGCAACUAGUGGUAGCUAGCUCUAACGAUAAUAAUCGUUCUUGUGUAGGUAUGUUUUUGUGAUUUACAUUUUACAAAAAUGGUUAUGUCUGAUGUAGGUUUCACUGACCCUGUCAAGUUGAUUUAUAUUUCUACAUCUAUAUAUAAAAGGUCCAUUAGUCGGUAAAAGCACUAAGUUUGUGUUUCUCAAAUAUCCAAAAUUA